AUGUGUCGUUGCAAGUCCGGAACCCCCCCUGGUAUGACAAAUGCAGACACACUUAAUAUGCUUGGCCGAGCCCUUCAUUCAGCCACAGUCGACUCAACAGAUGGAGUUUACUCUAUGAAUAAAACCUCCCUUGACAAAGGCUGGUCGGGUGCAACUCUGUUUCAGUAUAGCGAUAACUCUAUUGAGGUCAAAUGCUUGACGUGUUAUGUUAAAGGAGUGGUGAACGGUGCUCUGGCCAUCUCUGGAGACUUUAACUUAACCAAGACAUUGGAUGGUUUCAAAGACGAGGUCGCAAAUAUCACGGAAAGGGUCAUUGAUCAAAUUGAAGAAUAUGCGGAAGAUGUUUCGAACGACUUGAGUGAUGAAAAUUUUAAGAUAAGGGCUUUUCCAACGCUUGACUUCGAUUUGAAUCUUCAAAAUCUUCCCAAAAUCCCAGAGGCUCAUGUUCAUUUUGAUUUCGUUGACUUGGAAAUCUAUCUGGACCUUGAUAUUAUUCUGAAUACAGGGGCCACCUAUAGUCUGAAUCUUUUUACAUCGGAGACUCCUGCAGGGUUUUCUGUUCCUGGUCUCACCGCCGGUGCCGUGUUCAGUGUCGAUCUUAUUUUAAUCGCGGAAGCUCAAAUUGACAUCGGAAGUGGAAUCCAUAUUAAACUUGAUGAUGAUCUCAGCUUCGACCUGGAACUUUUCAGCAGCAACCUCUCGAGUAUGACGCUUCCAUCGGGGUCCUACGAAUUUCUGCCUGUCACGAUAGAAGGCCAGGGAUCUAUUCAGGCGAUCUUGAGCCUCAAGACAAGUGUCGGAUUUGAAUUUGCAUCUCAUGAAUUGAGUGUGUUGCCAAGCUAUAGCGCAGGUGUUAGUGCCGAAAUUUUCGCCUAUGUUGCGGAUUUCCUGAUGAGUGUACAAGGCUCAUCAGAGGGAAAUGAGGAUGAUUGCGAGCUUGCAGCGCUUGCAGAAUAUACUGUUGCAGUGGGUGCAGCAGCCGGUGCUACCGUGGCAGUUGACGACUACUCCUGGGGCCCAUCACCCAACACAACCGUUCCUCUCUGGUAUACCACGCUCGCCAGCACAUGUGCAGAGAGAAAGUCGUCAACGGAAGCAUCACAGAUUACAGAUCACCCUCAGAUUCAAAAUCGAGAUAACUUAAUUACAACAUCUGUCACAUCUGAAGAAUCCUACACAAUUGUGAGAUGUAUGUCGUCUGGCUUGGCGAAUUGCCCCGCAAACCUCCAAAACACAACUUCUUACGAAACUACCGUGACUUCUAUUGUGACUGUUGAGUCUGGAGUCGAACCGACCUUUCCGGCCAAGACGCUUGCUUCCGUUACAAGUGCAAUUCUAUUUGGGACGAAUGUCAAGAGACUGUAUUCAACAACCGGAGCGCCAACACCUUAUACUCCCUCCUCUACAUCCAGUUGGAAUAAUGCUCUGGAUGCUACGACUCACGGAACAAAUAAGAAGCUCAUCAUUGGUCUAUGCGUAGGGCUGGGGGGGUCCUUUUCUCAUAAUAUUAAUACUUGGAAUAUUGUAUGA